AUGUUCUACUUCCAGCUGGUGAUCAUGGCCGGGACGGUGCUGCUGGCUUACUACUUCGAGUACACAGACACCUUCCCCGUGCACAUCCAGGGCUUCUUCUGCUACGACAAGACCUUCUCCAAGCCCUACCCGGGUCCGGACGACGCCAGCAAGGUCCCCCCCGUGCUCAUCUACUCGGUGGUCACAGCCAUCCCCACCCUCACGAUUCUUGUUGGAGAGCUGUGUGCCUUCUUCACUAAGGCAGAGGGAACCCAGGAGAAGACCAUUGUCACUGCAGACUGCUGCUACUUCAACCCCCUGCUGAGACGCAUAAUACGAUUCCUAGGCGUCUACGCCUUCGGCCUGUUCACCACCACCAUCUUCGCCAACGCCGGCCAGGUGGUGACAGGAAACCAGACGCCCCACUUCCUGUCCGCCUGUCGGCCAAACUACACGGCGCUGGGUUGCCAGUCCACCAUGCAGUACAUUGCGGAGCGCCGAGCCUGCACGGGCAACCCGCUGAUCGUCAUGUCUGCGCGGAAAUCCUUCCCGUCCAAGGACGCAGCGCUGAGUGUCUACUCCGCUGUGUACACAGUGAUGUAUGUGACGCUGGUGUUCAAGACCAAAGGCACGCGGCUGACCAAGCCCACCAUCAGCCUCACCCUGUUCUGUCUGGCCAUGCUGGUAGGCGUGGUCAGGGUGUCCGAGUACCGCAACCACUGGGCUGACGUUUUGGCGGGUUUCUUCACCGGGGGAGCCAUUGCUGUGUUUUUGGUGACCUGCGUGAUCAACAGCUUCCAGCAGAUGCUGCCGAGUCCUCCUCCGCUGCGACCCCAGCGCCCAGAGUCAGUACUGGGCAUGCCGAUGGUGACGCUGCCCUGCGUGGAGAGUCCACUCGAAAAACUCCGCGGGGAUCUCCGUUCACCGAGAUCACAUGACCAUCAGCCCUAUCGGUUCCCCGCCACCCCCGAUGUCCUCAUACCGUCUCGCUCCAUUUCCAGCGAAGUCUAG